CUAGAACUAACAAGAUCACCUCUCCCCCUUCUCACAACUAAACGGCACAGUAGAGCGGCCAUGCCUCAUGGUCGUCCAGCAAAGCGCAGGCGCAUAACUCCUCCCCUCGACGACGACAUCCCUUCCAAAACCAUCAAGUCCUCCGACCUCUUCGCCCGCGCGGCCGACUGGGAUCUCGAGCAAGCCUACGCACAAAGGAACCGGUCCAAGAAGACCAAAGAGUCUACCAGACUCCCUAUUAAGACCGCCGAAGGGGCCCUCCAACGAGCCAAAGAAGACGCCGAAGACGACGCAUCAGACAGCUUUCUCGGCUCCGGCUCAGAUGACGAAGCCGACGACGACGACGAACAUGUAUUAGACACACCUCCUACCGAGCCUGAACCCCCGGCGCAGGUGGUACCCUUGAAACAGCAAAUCCUUGCCGCGAAGGAAGAAAUUGCCCGUCUGGCGGGCUUGCUCAACGAAGACCCCGAAGAACAUGCAGGCUCGUUCAAGAAGCUCGCACAGAUUUCCGGGCCGAAUUCGCCUGUUCCCGUACAGAAACUCGUUCUUGCUGCGCUAGCCGCUGUGUAUAAGGACGUGAUCCCAGGCUACCGGAUACGCUCGUAUAAAGAGGAAGAUUUGGGCAACAAGGUGUCAAAAGAUGUUCGGAGCACGAGACAUUACGAGCAGGCUCUUGUCACUGGAUACCAGGCGUACGUCAAGCAUCUGGCUAGUCUGGCGAAAGGACGCAAGGCCACUGAAGAUGCACAGUCUCUGAAAAGCGUCGCUAUCAAUUGUGUCUGCACCUUGCUCCUCUCGGUACCACAUUUCAACUGCCGCACCGAGUUGCUAAACGUCUUGGUGCACGAACUAGCUAGCAGGGAAGCGAGCCCAGACUUUUUGAAAGGCAUUGAGACGUUGGAAAAGUUCUUCACAAAUGACGAAGACGGCGCGCCGUCACUGGAAGCUGUCGGUCUGCUUACGAAGAUGAUGAAGGCCAAAGACUAUCGGAUCAGGGAGGAGGUGUUGAACACGUUCUUGCAAUUGCGUCUGCUCCUGGAAUUGAGCACACCCAGCUCGACCACGAAGUCGGAUAAGCCGGAAGACAUGUCGAAACUGCAUGGCAGGAAGGUGAAGAGGGAAAAGUUCGAGCACAGAUCCAAAAAGGAAAGGAAGCUUGCAAAAGAGCGGAAGGCUGUCGAAAAGGAUAUGCGUGAUGCCGAUGCUACUGUCAACUAUGAAGAGCGGGAGAAGAUGCAAUCAGAGACUUUGAAGCUGGUAUUCGUCACCUACUUCCGCAUUUUGAAAGCCAGAGUCCCCGAAUUGAUGGGAGCUGUGCUUGAGGGCCUAGCGGUAUACGCACAUCUCAUUAAUCAGGACUUCUUUGGCGAUGUUCUCGAGGCUCUCAAGGACAUCAUCAACCAGGCUGAUGCGGCGACGAAGGGCGAGUUGGACUUGGAAAGCGGAGGCAGCGCUGGUGUUUAUGGCGAAGAGAUCCGAAACAUGGCGCGUGAGAGUCUUCUAUCGACGCAGACGGCCUUUACACUCCUCUCAGGCCAAGAUGUGUCCAAGGCUGCUUCAAGUCUGCACUUGGACCUCUCCUUUUUCACCUCGCACACCUACCGCUCCAUGUAUCCGCUGUCUCUGGAUGCUGACAUCGAGCUGGGACCCAAAUCUAUACACCUGCCGGAUCCACAUGCCUCGAAGGCAUCCGAGAAAGCCGCCAACAAGAUCAACGUCUCUACGCCGAUACUUCUUCUCACGCGAGUGCUCACCUGGAUCUUGCUCACACCAUCUCAGCCUCCGCCGACCAUUGCUGCGGCAUCGUUCUGUAAGCGUCUGUUAACAAUCUCGUUGCAAUUGCCGGAGAAGUCAGCGCUUGCAGUACUCAGUCUGCUGGCCAAAACAGCAGACAAGCACGGUCGUAAAAUCGAAGCUUUGUGGUACAGUGACGAGAGAAAAGGUGACGGAGUUUUCAGAGGAGAAAGUGACACUGUCGAAGGGACGAACGUGCUUGCAACUGGUAGUGGUGUUUGGGAAGGGGAGCUUCUAAGAAAGCAUUUCUGUCCCAAGAUUAGAGAGCAAGUUGUUGCCAUUGACAAGGUCAUAGCAGCCCUCCAUAGAUGAGCGACACAGUAAUGUG